CGCUCACCCGAUAUCACUUCCACUACAUUUGUCUACCGCGGUUCUACUUCCCGCAAGCAGAUGAUUAAAAUCCAUAAUUCUAAGACACACUAAAGCGCCGUCAACCCAUCAGAAGGUCAAUCGGAGCUACUCGUCGCUUCUCGGGUCACGCCAACUCCCAUUCUUGUCUCCCAUAUUCUCCCACCUUCACCAAGUCUCGGAGGUCUUAUCUGGGACUCAUUGAGUGCAAGAGACACCGAGGAUCUUGGCCCACCGCGAGCCACCAUUCCUCCUCUUCACUGCUCUCCCAACACUUACACCCACAGAAUGGCACAAUCAUCAGGAGCGGCCGGCCUCCUCCGCCGGCAACUCAAAUACAUGCAAACUGCGAAGGACCUGCCAGGGAUCUCCUGCGGGCUUGUGAAUGACAACGUAUUUGAGUGGGAAGUCAUGCUCAUGAUCAGUGACGACUGUAAAUACUACGGAGGAGGAAAUUUCCGCUGCAUUCUUACCUUUCCGCCUAAUUACCCCCUCCUCCCUCCCUCCCUGACGUUCAAAUCCCCCAUACCAUUCCAUCCGAAUAUCUACCCCUCCGGCCUCCUCUGCAUCUCGAUCCUGCACCCGCCCGAGGAUGACCAAUACGGAUAUGAAUCAGCAGCGGAACGAUGGUCCCCAGUCCAGACCCCGGAAACGAUCCUCCUGAGCGUCAUCAGCCUGCUGCAUAGCCCGAAUGAUGAGAGUCCGGCGAAUGUGGAGGCGGCGCGGUUGUGGAGGGAGGAGAAGGAGGGCAGUAAAGAGUUCAAGAGACUCUGUCGGAAGGCGGUCAGGGAGAGUCUGGGUGAGGAUUAGGUGUUGGGGAAGUAUCUUGCAAGAAGGGGAGGGCGGAAGACAUUCUGUUACAGGGCGUUCAUAUGGCGAGUCGGUGGUGGGUUGGGACUCAAGUCGACAUAUAUGCUUCUUAGCGGCAUCUUCAUCAUAGCGAAUAUACCGGCGAUUUCAGGUAUUCUAUAACGAUGUCUAGAAUCCAUCAAUCUAUGAAGAGUAUUUAUACUUAUCAUAAGCAC